UUUUAGGAUUGACGUUGUCUGAGGUGGUUCUUCGACGUUUCAACACCUUUGGACCUGCACUUCUUCCAUUGCUUCCACUAGUGGACCUUACUUAUCAGUUGGUCCAAGUUUGCAUGCUGUAAUCACUCGCUAUCAUACUCUUUAUCAAGUCCACGUUUCCAAUCUUUAUCGAUGCCUAAAGCACCAGGUUCAGUCGGCUCGGGAACAGGCGGCGCUACUGUACUCAAGAGAAAUCAGGCCUGCCAUCAGUGCAGACGACGCAAAUUGAAAUGUGAUGCCAGACGACCCUGCUCGACGUGUGUUCGCUCGCACAAGCAUGCUCGCGACCAUGCACAGCCCGGGGCAAACUUACCGGAAAGGCCGGAAUGCACAUUCGACGAAGUUGCAACAACGGAGACCCCAUCUACUCCAUCAGAUAGUCCCAAGAACAGGUUUGAGCGAUUGGAGACUCGGAUAAAGGAGCUCGAGGCACUUUUAAGCCAAAAGGAGCAGGCAACAUCCCCAGAUGCUAAUCCAUCUAGCAGUUCGACUCUUUCGUCUAUUCAGAAUUCACCUGCUUCCAUUCAAUCUGUGCCAUCAAAUUCACGUCCUGGUUCGGCAUCCACAAUGAACUUCCCGAGCGACCUAGAGUCACUAUUGUCACCAUCUAAUUUGGACAUGAAUGCUCAGACGGUUAACCCAUACUUUUGGAAUGGCAAUUCACAUCUCAUUGAAGGUGCAAGCGCCAGGAUCGAUGCUCCCUUGCUUUCAUCUAGCAUGGACGUCAUCUGGUCACAUUGGCCUGUCAACCUCCCUCACCCAGAACUUAUUCGUCAUUUGGUCGAUAUGUUCUUUUUGUUUCACCCGCACGCAUCCCGCCUUUUCCACAGGGCUAACUUCAUAGCUUCGCUAUCAUACCCGCCGGAUCAUCCUGAUUUCCCCGUUGCACCUGUUCUACAUGCCAUAUGCGCCGUCAGUGCCAUCUACACUGCAGCUGGAGGACCCCGGACAAAUGCUGCAGACUUUCCAUACGAAGGACAAUUUGCACAGCCGGACCUGCCUGAUACAUUUGCAGAGCAACAAGCAAGUCACGCUAAGGAAACGGUCGAGAAGUACUUGAACAGAGGUCAACACUUGGUGCAAUGCGUGCAAACGUAUGUUCUACUGACGUGGUAUUAUUGGUGUCACUCGAAAUGGGUUGAGUUAUUUACUUGCAGUGGCCAAUCUUUGCGUGUUGCGAUUCCGUUGGGACUUAACAUUUGCCCUCCAUUUCGUUCGUUACUUGGGAGCUCCCCAACAAUGUCGAUAAUCUCGCCACCUCGCACUCCAAUUGAGGACGAAAUACGAAGAAAUACCUUCUGGCUGGCGUACGCAGUUGAUCGCCAGCAUGGAUCUGGCACUGGUUGGGCGCUCUCUCUUGAUGAUGACGACAUCGCCCAAGUUUUCCCAGUCACAAUGGAGCAGUUUGAGUUGGGGAUACCUGUGAACUAUAACGUGCGCCAGUGGUGUCACGUCAGAGAAGCGGUGCUUUUCCAUCCCCCCGAUAUCACCGAUUCCUUCACGUUAUAUAUCAAGAGCACUAUGCUUCUUUCUUUCGUCAAAAACUUCAACCACCGAUACAGGAUCAAAUCGAAUUUGGGAGACGCGAGAUUCCUACCGGCAAGGAACUUUGCAACCCAGGUGUAUGGAGAUCAGCCAGAUAUUCGGUCAUCCCCUGCCUUUCUGGAAUUGGAUCAGUUGCUCAUGUCUUUCCGGUCAUCGUUUCCGAGUAAUCUGAAAGACCCAUUCAGAAAUGGACAGGUGGACACGCACUUAUACACGACUUUCCUCACCGCACAUGUAUCAAUGAUUUUACUUCAUGAACCUCACGCCAGUUUAGAGAGGAAUUGCACUUCCGCUGCCAAAAUGCUCGAGAGUGCCCGUGCAAUUCUUGAACUCAUAUAUGCGAUGUGGUCCACGAAUUAUGAUAUCGGGCUUUUGGACUAUUUCUGCUCGUUUUGCUGGUAUCUUGCCGGUCAAUGUUUUGGCCGUUUCCUCCGUGCUGCCCAGGAAGCUGCUUGUGUCCAACAAAUAGACACCCUACGGGCAGAGCUCGACUUUGUAAGGAUGGCAUUAAGCAAGAUGGCCGAACGAGUUCCCCUCUCAUACCGGUAUCAGAGAAUGUUGGAUGCCGUGCAUUUGAGUCUUGCGGACGGGAGACCAGUUUCUACUGUCAGCGAUCAGCAGCUGCUUGCCAAUGUCUCGCAGGCGAGCGCAAAUCAUCCCGACGUGGCAUACUUCCUUAAGAUAAAUAACAUAAAUCCCCAGCCUUGACUUUUUCCCCACUUUUUUUUUGAAACCAGUUUGUCUCGUUAUUAAGUUAUCGCAAUAAAUAAUGUAUUGUAAAGUUUACCAUGUUUUGCCUCUGUCCAUGAAGUACUUUAGCAGCUACAGCUCCAUGUACUUU